AUGUCAUCUUCAUCCAAGCCUACCAACGUAUCUGCAGAGAUGGGGAGACGGAUGAAUUCCAUUCUGAUGUGUCCAGCCAACAUGGUCUGUGCAGAUUGCCCUUCGUUGCGUCCCCAGUGGGUGUCUUUCCUUUAUGCCCGUGUCCAAGUGGACAAGACUCUGGCAGUGCUGUGCUGUGAUAGCUGCGUCCAGCAUCACUACUUUGAGCUUGGCAAAAAGAGGUGCAUGAUCAAAUCCCUCAAGAUGGUUCAUGAAUGGACCAUGGAAGACGUUCAGACUCUAGAGUACAGUGGCAACGCCUUUGUCAACAAUAUCUUUGAAGGAAACCUUACCUACGAGGACUACAUCAAAACUGAAGUUCUGAAGGAUGAGGAUGAAGAGUUUGACCAGAGAGGACGUUUUAUCAAGAACAAGUACAAACGCCGAAAGUGGCAAGAUGACGUGGAGUAUCACAAGAUGAUGCUUGAGCUUUUGCUGAAGAAGCGGGGUCACCAGUGUGAUCACGAGAACCCCACUACGCAAAGCUCCGACGAACGUCAUGAAGGAGAUGAAGAGUACGAAACCAAAACGGUCAGCCGUCGUGUCAAUCCGCGCUCAAAGAAGAGCCUGCGAGAUCGCAUUGGCGGAAUGCGAAAGGCCAAAAGUGCGGACAUCGCUCCCAGUCGUAAGAGCAAGCGGAACCCUCCGAGGCGCUCUAGUUGCGACAGCACCUCCACGGCUAGCUCCACGGCUAGCGAGAGCAGUGGUGGAAGCAGGUCCAGAAGAAGUAGUCGUGAGAGCAGAGACAGGAGACAACCGUCUCGACGUGAGAUGAGUCGACGUGACGAGCGGUCCUCACGGCGAACCGGACUCAGCCGAUGCGCUUCCGAUCCGACUGCCAUUCAAGAAUCGCGUCUAGAGGCCAGCUGGAGCAAUCUGAGUCGAGGAGGAGGAAGACAACUCGGUCGUUCGAGCUCCCAUGGCAAGCUGCAAAACUCGUUGAGUGUGAUCGAGGCACCCAAGUCCGCAAUGAGGGAACGCAGACUCAAUGCGUUUGCCAAAAUGUUCGUGGUGGCUGUCCCGGCGAGCGACGAUGGCAGGCGCCAGCGCUACAACCAAGCGGCGUAA